GCUUUUCAGCGCCGUGCGCAAUGAGCUUACGUGGCGUAUAAUUAAUAUUAAAUGUUAUACUUAUAAAUUAAAUAAAAUGGCGCAACUGAAGCUGCCUGCCCGACUGCUCCUUCUUUCAACCACACGAUUGAUGACCUGGCCGUCAAGCAUUCAGACCAAAUAUAUACCCCAUAUAUGUAUUAUAUAUAUAUAUAUAUAUAUAUGUUAUGUUUGUGUUGAGGGGAUAUACUUAUGUACUUGGGGAUUUCUGUGUUUGUGGGUCCCUUUACUAUAUGCUCGCGUUAUAAAUGUGUGUUUGCCAAGUUUGACUUGCUACUUGCGCCACUUCCGCUGUGCGGAAAAAUGCUUUUGAUUUGAUUUUCACCAAAUGUCAACUUGACGUCACGUCGUUCGUCUGUGCAAGGGAAAGCGGAAAAGCGGAAAAGCGGGAAAGCGGACGUCGUCGCUGUCGCCGCCUUUGUUGUGCCGAUUCAACUGCAUGAUUUAUUGUUUUGAUGAAAUUGCGUGUAAACAAUUUAGUGGCUGGUUGGCGCCAAAAGCUCAAGUAAAGUCCUCCCACUCUUAAAGUCUAUGGACUUUUAAAAGACUUUAUUUAAGGUUAAAUGUGGCUAUAAUUCAUGGCCAACAAAGUUGCAUAGUUGUUUUAGAGUUCUUCGCAAAAGAUUUAAGCGAAGUAUACUUAGUUGAUGGAUUACCAUGCGAAAACGAGAUGUUAGAUGUUAGAUACUCUUUUACGAUGAUACAGUAGGAAAAUUACUCAGACGCUUUGUUGGAAAAUUUAUAUUUUUACGGUACUCUUGAUGAGCGAAAAGCUCAAAUGACAAUUGCUGAACUUUUGUCCUUGUAAAUGAACCGCAAUCGUAGUAAAUAUGGAAAUACCAUUCCGAUAUUGCAACCACAAAACACGCAAAGAUGCCAAAAGGAAUGGAGUCAGACCACACGAACUCUCGAUGGGAAAAGCCCUUAGUUAUGGGGCAGUUAAAGCUGCAAGUUAACCACAAAACUGAACGCAGCAUCGUGUGCAAUUCCGACUACCAAUAAAUAUGCCAUAACAAUGAGCAAGGCGGGCUAAUAUCCGAUUACUCUGCCCCAGCAAAUGUGGCGUGAAAAGCGCCAAGCCAAGCAAAGCCAAGCCAAACCAAGUCAAGUCAGGCCAAUACAGAUAGAUACUUCUCCGAAUCCUUCCGAUUUCCCAUUCCCUUUUUACAGCAGAGCAUGAAACAAACGCAUAAGUAAAUACCAGAAACGAGUGACUUUCAAUAUCCUCAAAGGCUUAUUGCUUACAGCAAAUUUCACGCCAGCAGACAGACAAAUACGACCGAGCUGCGAAUGCAUUUACACAUUUGCAAACGCAAACACAAACAUCAGAGAGACAGUUGCAAACAUGAAACAUACAAAUAUGCGUGCAUUGAGUUUUCCCCCACAAUACAACACACAGCCCAUUUUCCCGAAGCUACAUGGAGCUUGUGGAGCAUUUCCAUGUUGGAUUCGGGCUCGAAUUCCGAGAUGGACUGGGAUCGGGAGUGGGGAUUCGCACCCAGCCAUGUCUGAGUGCGUUUCCUCCAACGCAUUUACGUUUAUUGCAUUUGUAAAUUAUUCACACAAGGAUAUUAAAUGCAAAUUGUGAAAUAGACGACACACUCGUGCCGCACAUGCUUCGCUCCACAGAUACAAUAUCCGUUGAUGCCCCAUGUAUAUAUUGGCGAAUUACUCAGCUCCUGCAUAUGAUUGUCACAUGCAAAAACGUAUCGAGAUUCUCGUUUUCCAAUUCUGAGUUCCCGCCUCGGGCUCUCGGAUUCUUGGUUUCUCGGAUUCCUCGGUCCUCACAUUUCAUCUUCCUUGAAUGCCAUUUGCCGGAAGGACCUUUGGUGCCAUGUGAGGUCGAUAGUUGGCUACGCAAUCUGACCACUUGAUUGACUCUGGCCCUCACUUGAUUUGUGCACCUGUGAUUCGAUCCAACGAGCAGAGAUGCAAAAUUAAUUUUAUUAAAGCCAGAAGGACUGCACUCACAUCUUAUUUAUUCGUUUUCCAUUACCUGAUUACACUCUUGCCCCGACCGCCGGUAAGGGACACUCUCGAAAAGUGGCCAGAACAAGUUGGGAAAAAGUUUAAUUUCACUAGCAAAUUUCACCCACUCGCAUGCAACGCUGCCUAAACACAUUUGACAUUGCUGCCUGCCCCUGAAUGUGGACAAAGUUUCGGGUGCCGCACAGUGUAACAUGCAAAUCGAAUUUAAACUUGCCAACAAAUAAUGGAAGGCCAUCUGGCUGGAGGGCUUGCACCUAGCACAUUACCAAAUCGUCUAUGCAGAACUGCAGCACCUGUCGGUAAAUCAGUAAACAGCGACAAUUAUUGCACAAUUAUUGCCACUUAACGUGUCCCCUGCUAAUCAAUCCACUUAGCACCUUAAAACCUAUAAAAGGCACUAGAAAAUGGUCGGCUUUAAACAGUUACCAUGUUUAAAGUUAAGGAUCUGCUGCUCUCGCCGUCAACCUUCGAUGAUCCCAUUUUUGGAACCCAUCUGCGAUGCUUCCAAUGGUACGGAUAUGUGGCCUCCAAGGAUCAAAAUAGGCCUUGGCUAAGUCUCAUACGGUGCACCAUUUUGACGGCUUCAAUUUGGCUAAGCUGUGCUUUAAUGCUGGCCAGAGUGUUUCGUGGUUACGAAAACCUCAAUGAUGGGGCCACAAGUUACGCCACUGCAGUCCAGUAUUUUGCAGUAUCCAUUGCCACCUUUAAUGCCUACGUGCAAAGAGAUAAAGUAAUAUCCCUCCUGCGCGUGGCCCAUUCGGAUAUCCAGAACCUGAUGCUCGAGGCAGAUAACCAGGAGAUGGAACUCCUGGUCGCCACUCAGACUUAUACCCGCACCAUCACCCUGUUGAUCUGGGUGCCUUCGGUCAUUGCUGGCCUAAUGGCCUACUCGGACUGCAUCUACAGGACUCUAUUUCUGCCCAAAUCGGUUUUCAAUGUACCUGCAGUGCGACGUGGCGAGGAGCACCCCAUUCUGCUCUUCCAGCUUUUUCCCUUCGGAGAACUUUGCGAUAACUUCGUGGUUGGAUACUUGGGACCUUGGUAUGCUCUGGGGCUGGGGAUCACCACUAUCCCAUUGUGGCACACCUUUAUCACUUGCCUCAUGAAGUACGUAAACCUCAAGCUGCAGGUACUCAAAAAACGAGUGGAGGAGAUGGAUAUUUCCCGGCUUAAUCCAAACUUGGAAAUUAAUCGUCUGACUGGCAGUGAGUUAACUUUCUGGCAAAUGCAACUCUUUAAGGAAUUUGUUAGGGAACAGCUAAGGAUUAGAAAAUUUGUCCAGGAACUACAGGAACUGAUUUGCGUGCCGGUGAUGGCAGAUUUCAUCAUCUUUUCGGUUCUCAUAUGCUUUCUCUUCUUUGCCUUGACAGUUGGCGUUCCAAGCAAAAUGGAUUACUUCUUCAUGUUCAUUUACCUGUUUGUGAUGGCUGGAAUUCUGUGGAUCUAUCAUUGGCAUGCCACGUUGAUUGUUGAAUGUCACGAUGAACUGAGCCUUGCUUACUUUUCUUGCGGAUGGUACAACUUCGAAAUGCCUUUGCAGAAAAUGCUCGUUUUUAUGAUGAUGCAUGCCCAAAGGCCGAUGAAGAUGCGCGCCCUGCUGGUCGAUUUGAAUCUGAGAACCUUCAUCGACAUUGGCCGUGGAGCCUACAGCUACUUCAAUUUGCUGCGUAGCUCCCACUUGUAUUAGGGGGAAAGCCUUUUCUUUAGGGCUAAUCAAAUGCCGUUGCGCCUGUCAACUCGUUUGGCUAACAUGACAGUAAACAAGCCAUGCAAUUCAUUUUGCCCGGCACACACUCACAAAAACCGAGACAACGGUAGAGGGCACAUAUGUAGAAGUUGAAAUGCUAAAACCAUUUUACAGUGCAAAUAAACGUGGCUCAAACUGAAGAGACGCCUGUUACUCAAAAAGGCAAUGCAAGUAACAAGUAACGGGCGACAUCAUUUAUCACUUGAGAAACGUCGCAUGUCACUGGCGUUGUAUGUGUUUUGUUAUAUUGUCUUUCUCAAUGGAUAUAAAACGAUUUUUGCACUUCUUACCAACCUACCCCGCCCCUGCCAUUAUUUCCCUGCCGUGCCUCUAAUUGUCUUGGGGGUUUAGACAAAGGAAAUUUAUGCGUCUGCCCCAGCAAAACGGUCAGAUACAUCAACCCACCACCACCGCCGCCACCACCACAACACAACCAUCAGCGAAACUAACCAAACAAACCGAAUCGUUGUCCCCCUGGGUGUAUUUUUUAAUAUUAUUAAGAGUAUAGACAAAAAAAAGUAAGGAAACA